AGUGAAAGUUGGAAAGUUGCAGACAGUCAGAAAGUCGCUGCAGAAGUCAGAACAAGUCAUUCAGAGGAGCAUCAUCAUACACAUCUGAUAAUAAUGAGAGAGAUCGUUCACAUUCAGGCCGGCCAAUGCGGAAAUCAGAUCGGUACAAAGUUCUGGGAAGUCAUCAGCGAUGAGCAUGGCAUUGAUCCAGUCGGCAACUAUGUAGGUGACUCAAGCCUGCAGCUUGACAGAAUUAAUGUGUACUACAAUGAAGCAUCCUCCCACAAAUAUGUUCCCAGAGCAGUGCUGGUGGACCUGGAGCCAGGCACUAUGGAUAGUGUUCGAUCCGGGGCAUUUGGACAACUUUUUCGACCUGACAGCUUCAUUUUUGGACAGACAGGUGCGGGAAACAAUUGGGCGAAAGGACACUACACUGAAGGAGCUGAGCUAAUGGACUCCAUCCUGGAUGUGGUUAGGAAAGAGUGCGAACAUUGCGACUGCCUUCAAGGCUUCCAGCUCACGCAUUCCCUGGGAGGUGGAACCGGAUCCGGGAUGGGGACUCUUCUUAUCAGUAAAAUCCGUGAGGAGUAUCCUGACCGCAUCAUGAACACCUUCAGCGUCAUGCCUUCACCUAAAGUGUCCGACACAGUGGUGGAACCCUACAACGCCACGCUAUCUGUACAUCAGCUGGUGGAAAACACAGAUGAAACCUACUGUAUCGACAAUGAAGCUCUUUAUGACAUCUGCUUCCGCACGCUCAAGCUCAACACGCCUACGUAUGGAGAUCUCAAUCACUUGGUGUCGUCCACCAUGAGCGGGGUCACCACGUCACUGAGGUUCCCCGGCCAGCUUAACGCAGACCUGCGCAAGCUGGCCGUCAACAUGGUCCCUUUCCCUCGCCUACAUUUCUUCAUGCCUGGUUUUGCGCCGUUGACCGCACGAGGGAGUCAGCAGUAUCGUGCCCUCACCGUCCCCGAGCUGACCCAGCAGAUGUUUGAUGCCAAAAACAUGAUGGCCGCCUGUGACCCGCGCCACGGCCGCUACCUCACGGUGGCUACGGUUUUCCGUGGACCGAUGUCAAUGAAGGAAGUGGACGAGCAGAUGCUGGCUAUUCAGAACAAGAACAGCAACUAUUUUGUCGAGUGGAUUCCCAAUAAUGUUAAAGUUGCUGUGUGUGACAUUCCACCGAGGGGGCUCAAGAUGGCUUCCACUUUUAUCGGCAACAGCACCGCCAUCCAGGAGCUCUUCAAGCGCAUUUCCGAGCAGUUCUCGGCAAUGUUCAGACGCAAGGCUUUCCUGCACUGGUUUACAGGAGAAGGCAUGGAUGAGAUGGAGUUCACUGAGGCCGAGAGCAACAUGAAUGAUCUGGUUUCUGAAUAUCAGCAGUAUCAGGAGGCCACAGCCAAUGAGGGCGAGGAGGCGUUUGAAGAUGAUGAAGAAGAGGUGAACGAAUAACCGGCAAGCAAAACGUUUUGUGCAGUGAGGGUUUUUUUAAGCUGUGAUUUUUCUUUUUGUAUGUGGAUUGUGGUAAACACAAGUGUAUGCAAUAAAUACAUUUUGAAGGAUAA